AUGAAUUGUCCAGCUUUAACGACAGUUUCAUUAAAUACAGUUAAUUACCUCGGAACUGAUUCAUUUACUAAAUGUCCGAACAUUGUUUCAGUAUCAUUUGAUAAAUUACAACAGGUUCCUAACUGUUUCUCCGGCUGCAAGAAAGUAAAAGAUGUUUCUUUCCAUGAUGCCAUUCUUUGUUCAGAAGAAGCCUUCAAAGACUGCAUCUCCUUAGAAACAAUCACUUUGCCAUCAACAAGAAUCAUUUAUCCUUCAUCUUUCAAGGGAUGCACCUCAUUAAAGAGUUUUUCAAUACCAAGACUCGGAGAUAUAAGAGAAGAAUGCUUCAGUGGAUGA